AAAACAAACAUGAAGCUUUCACAGUAAGAUCAUUACCUGAAAAGACUUUGAUCUUAUCACGAAUAGUUGACAAGUGGAAUGUUUAUAUUGAAGUAUACGAAAAUGUCAGGAAAACAAAAUGAAUAUGCACUUCAAUUGCUAACUGCAGAAUAAUAGCAGAUCCACUUUUACAAAUUUUACAGGAGAGACAGAAAGCUGGACGUGUACCCUACCAUCAGCAAACAAUAUGGAAUAUAAAUUAAAAGCCUCAGGUUUAUAUCAUCACUAAGGGAAGCUUUUUUGCAGAACUCUGGCCAUCAGGUGAGCGGCCGCCAUGAGGGCGUGGUUCGUGGCCUUCAGCGUGGUGGCGGGCCUGCUGCUGGCAGACGACGGCCAGGCGGCCAACAUCCUGGCGCCCAUCUGGUUUCCCGGGCUGAGCCACUUCCUCAUGUUCCGUCCGCUCUUCGAGGAGCUGGCCGCCAGGGGCCACAACGUCACCGUGCUCGGACACCACCCGCCCAAGACUCCCAUCAAGAACUACAACUUCAUAAGUCUCCAAGGCAGGUUUCCGCAGCUGCACAACAAUAUGACGAUGGACUUCGUGAAGGCGCUGCAGCCCCCCUUGAAGGGCCUGGUGCUACUAAAGUCGUUCACCAAGGGCAUGUGUCUGGAGACGCUGGAUAUGCCCGAAGUGCGGCAGCUGGCCACGUCGGGCGGCCACUACGACGUCGUCAUCUCCGAGUUCUUCCACGUCGACUGCCUGGCGGCGUUCGCUCACAAGUUCGGCGCCCCCCUCGUGGGGAUCACCUCCAGCAACGCGUUGCCGACCGUCCACGACAGGGUUGGUAAUCCUGAGCAUCCUGCCUACACAGAACAAUACGAUCUCUCUCUAAAAGCACCGUUCAACUUCUGGGAGAGAGUCUACGGCACAGUAAUGCACCAGGCGUUCCGCAUCCUGGACUGGUGGGCGACGGACGCACGCGUCGACAGCAAAGUGCGGGAAGUGUUCGGUGAGGACACACCUCCACUAGAACACGUGUUCCGCAACACGAGUCUGGUGCUCGUGAACAGCCACUGGAGCAUGGACCAGCCUCUCCCCACAGUGCCCGCCUUCGUCGAGGUGGGCGGACUGCACUUGGAAGAGCCCAAACCAUUGCCAGACGACAUACAGAAGUUCCUGGACGACAGUCCACACGGUGUGAUCUACUUCAGCUUGGGAUCGAUGGUGCGAGUUGAGACCUUCGACCCGGAGAAGUUCAAAGCGAUUGUGGACGCCUUCGCGUCCGUACCCCAACGCGUUCUCUGGAAAGCCGACCCGGCCAACCUCCCGGGACUGCCGCCAAACGUCAGAGCUCAGAAGUGGAUCCCACAGAACGAUGUUCUGACACUUUGCCUGGUACCUUGCGGACGCCUGAGAAGGCCGCCCUGCCUUGCAGACCACCCCAACGUGCGGCUCUUCAUAUCGCACGGCGGGCUGCUAGGCGCGCAGGAGGCGGUGGCUGCGGGUGUGCCGACUCUGACGCUGCCGCUGUUCUCGGACCAGUUCGUCAACUCGGCCAGGGCGGUCGCCGCCGGCAGCGGCCUCCAGCUGCUCUACGACGACAUCGACGACCGCUCGUUCCGGGAGGCGCUCCAGCGGCUGCUCAACGACUCCAGGUUCCGCGAACGCGCCAAACACCGGUCGCAGCUGUUCCGGGACCGCCCCCGACCGCCGCUGGAGGAGGCGGUGUACUGGGUGGAGUACGUCAUCAGGCACCAGGGGGCGCCGCACCUGAGGUCCGCCGCCAUGGACCUGGCCUGGUACCAGUACCUGCUCAUAGAUGUCGCCGCCUUCGUGUUGGCUGGGUCGUGCUGCGUCAUAUCAGUGCUCUACCUCUUCUCGAAACUAGUGCUGCGGGUCUUAUUACGAGGGCAGGAGAAAAACGUCAAAUUAAAACCGACAUAACAAUUACCUCGAGAACUUCACGGGUUAGCACCUUUGCGAAACAACUUCGGUUUCGAUCGUAAAAGGCCCGGUCCCGGCACAGUGAAUAACCGUAGUUCCUGUUGCGAAACUUCUGUGAACUUAUCUAUAGUAGAGGAACAAUUACGUGAACGCAGUCGAUUCUGAAGAAUGUCUGAUGGUGUGAUUGGGGACGUGUCUAAAGAAUGCUUUGCAUUCCAUCGUGUGAUGUUUCGGAAAUACGCAUAAAUAGAUUUCACUAGUCAUCCAGCGUAUCAUCUCGUUUUAAAUGCGUGGCAAAUAUAUUUUUCCCAGUCGAGAAUUCCUCUGCCUGAUACUGGGACGUUUGACUGUGCAAUAGGCCGCAUAACGAAUCGCUCUGUUCAUUUCAACUGAGGAGUAAAAGUCAAAAACAAAUAAAAAAGUUAUAAAUAAUCCUAAUACAGUGGUCGCUAUCCAUCGCAACAGCUGCAAUCGGUAGCGAUAUAGGCACACAUUACAUAUAGAGCGAGUCAUAGAUUUCCGUCUGUAGACACAUGACACAUACGUCAUAUAUAUAUAUAUAUAUAUAUAUAUAUAAUCUGAGACAUAUUGUCUGAAUGCUGAAUAUAGUUCAAUACCUCUGUUCCAAGGUUUCCGGCAGUUUUCGCACGAUUGUAACACAAAUGAUGGAACAUACAAUCCCACCCUUCCAAAUGUUUCUGGUUCGAGUCCAGCUGCCCAUUGCUCCACUACCAUCUCUGCUGAGAAGACUCUAACUCUACAAUGGACUCAGUAUCGAACCGCACACUGUGUACUUAGGGAUAGAAAAUGAAGAGUGACAAGAAAAAGACAACAAAAAUAAGAAAUAUGUUUAUUUUUGUGCAAAAAUCUUCCACAAAGGUAAUUACUUCAAAAAGUUCCAUAUUUUUGGAUUUACAGUUAAUGAAUUUUUUACAUUCCCUAAAAACGAAGAUCAUUGUUCGUGCGUUGAUGUACAGAUCUGAAUAGAGUAUAGAGUCUCUCUCUUUUCUUCACGGUCUCCCUCAAGCAUUAGACCAAUUGGUGCUUUGCAACUUCUUGAUUCAGUCAUUUUCUGUUCAGUCUACCAACGUUCAUUAUUCCUAUAGAAAGGUAUUGCAGCAGUUGCUUUAAACCACGUUCAUCCCUCAUUCUUUCUAUAUGUUCUUUCCAUUCCUUAAUCCUUUCAUUUAAAUUGUAAAUUCCUACAUUCCUCCAGAUGAUCUCGUUUUUCAUUCGCCUCGUCUUGUUACUGCCUGGACUGUUCUCAACAAUCUCAUGUCGGCUGCUUUGAGUCGGCUAAUGUGUGCUAGAGUUCAUAGUCCAGUUUUAACUUUGAUACAGUCCACAGUGAACUGCAAUAACUUUACAAAAUUUUUGCAUGGUGUCCUUUCGUACUUUUGAUAGCACCAAACAUCACAUUAAAUCUCUAAAUCUUUUCUUCAUUAUCCACGUCGCCGAGCUGUAGUAUGUCACAGCCCAAGAAUCUGAAGAUGUUAACUUGUUCAAUAAUUCUUUUAACAUCAGUUUGCAUCUUAAACGCUGUGAGCCUUUGAAUGCCGUAGACUUGCUCUUAUUUCUCGAUAUGCUUCAAUUACGUUUCAUUGCUAUUUCAAAGAGUUCACAAAGUGCUCUCUGUAAUAAUAUACUGAUCGAAAUUGUAGCACUGCUGUAAUAUUUGUACACACAGCAAAAUACAAGCAUUUAACCACGAAAGGACAUUACCUCAAUAUGUGUUUGAAUCAGAGUGGAAUGACGCACAAGGCAUAUACAAUACAAAGUUGUAGUGUCAAGAUAAAUAUUGUGAAUCUGUAUAAGAAGUGGCUAAGCCGUUGUGUGAAAACGAAGAAGGUAACAAGUAACUAAAUAAGACGAAAAAUGUUCAUUUCCAGAAGUGGUGGUAAGAUAUUGAUCACAGUUGCUGUUCAGUCCACGUGAAGAACGAACAGCAAUGGAAGGCUCAGGAAUGUGUGUAUUGUUGUGUUGAGUGAGUAGGUGUACAUUCCAAAAUGUCUUACGCUAAUUACUCUAUACAGUUUUCCUGCUUAUUAUACAGUGUUAAUAGAAGAUACCACUUGCUUUGAGACUUAACACCACGUGUCAUUCUGAUGUGAGCCCCAUUCUCGGAUGUAGCUACACAGCAGCUGUCUACCUGCAGCACGUGAACGAAACUCGUAUCAUAUGACAUUGUGGGUGUCAAAAUCUCUGUGGUUGUUCUCGCCCACCAGAAGCUUUAACGAAAGUCUAGCUGGCAGCAGUUCAUGUGAGCACAUGAGCAUCGCACUAUACGAUGAGCUAAGAAUUAAUAGGAUGAACCACGCUGAAGAAAUAUCUGGUAGACUAUGUGAAAUUUUUCUGUACAUUUCCACUUCUUGAGCCCACUGAAAGCUGAUCCACUAAUUUGCUGUGAUAAUAAUACGAAACUUUUAACAAAAGUGAAUGUGGCCAAUGAAACUAAAAAAUGUUCCAACUUGGGUACAAGUACGUCAGCCAUUUGAUGCUCUCAUCUUGAAAAUGACAUUAAAACUAUGUAGUAAAUACUGAAAACCAAUCAUAAGAUCAAAAUUGUAGUAUCAAAUUUGUAAGUCUUCUUAUGCAAGUAGUUAAACAGUCAUCUCAGCGCACCACAGAGAUUUUUAAUUCCAGGGUUUUGUUAUCCACUUCAGAUGAGAUUCCAUAUAUGUGAAAUACUGGAUUUAAGAAAAAUAUAGACCGUUUCAAAACAAGUACUUGUGCGUCAAGUAUGAAAUGUAAUGUCUGCAGCUCCAAACAACAAUACUGAACACGUGAUACAAUUCUCCUUAAUGUUGUACACUCCCUCAACAUAAAAAGAAUUUUCUCAGUUUUCUCUUCAGUGCUGAUUAUGUAGGAACAUACAAUUUAUGGUUGUAUAAUUCCAGCAAAGAAAUUAAAAACUAUAAUAAUUACAA